AUGCAGGAAUGGCUGCAAAUGCGAACUUCCGAUCUCAGUUGUUGCGCGCCUGGUAUACGAGCUCAAACAGUGAUCGCGAAAGAUGCAUCGCAAGGAGUCGCCAGUGACAAGACAAGCAAGAUGUGUCGGGUGAAGGUGAAGGCGCGGCCGCGCGGUUGUGCCAGCGCGCUCCCUAGCUUGCGGAUCGUACCGCAGCUACCUAUUCUACCCCCGCCCUUGCCCCUGCCCGCGAGUUUCUGUCACCAACACAAGAUACAUACAUGCACUCUCACUCAUUCGCGAACACUCAUUCCGCACCUUGUAUCCAUCGACGCAAUGACUGAAAAUGGAACAUUCAUCCUGGAUGCUCAAAAUGGACGGCUUGGACUCCAAACAAGGUUUGAGACUUUGAGGACAUGUCCUCAGUCUUAUUUUCGUCAGUAUAUAUGUUACGAUUCUGCUCUCCUCUCUUCUCUGCCCAUAUCCAAAUCUCAAGUCACUACUCGUCCUCUCUCAUCAAUCAGACAGGCCUGCCGAAUCACUCGCAUCAACAUUCAAGACAAGCAGUACAACCAGGCUUCUCUCGGUAAGCUUCCCCCGAAAAUGCCUACCGAAUCGUGUCCUCUGCCCUCCCGCAAAGAGUUCCUUGCCAGUCUUGGCGACAGCGUCUCGCGGGAGUCCAUCACUUGCGGUAUCUGCCUCCAGGAGACGAGAACUGCUCACAAUGCGCCCCGAAACUGUCCACGUCACGGUAAAAAGCCAGAGCGCACCGUAGUCGUCCACGACAACCACAAGUUCGGCAAGCGAUGUAUAACCGCAUGGCUGAAAAAGAACAAUUCCUGCCCUCUCUGCCGCAAACAACUCUUCAUCAAGCCCAAACCGCGAUCAACAGUCAACGUAGACGAAUCCGGGGCUGGACACGCGUCACUCGAUGACCCACCGGACCUAAUCGUGACCGUCAGAGAAGGUCAGAGAACUCAUCGCGUCCCUCUCCUUCGCACGAACGAGGAAGGAACAGUAGAAUGGGAUCCAGAUCCCGAAAUCGCAGCGAUCCAAGCAGAAAUUGUAGCUGCGGAACGGAUUCAGAACCGAAUACACCGAUACUUGGACGAACUGGAUCGAUUGGAAUUCGAAGACCAUGGCAUAGCGUGGGAAAUCAACGAGGUCGGGUGGCGGCAGGUCGGGCUCUGGAGAUUAUUGCAACCGUACCUGUCCUUGAUCAGAAUUACCGCGGCGCUGAGGUGGAGCGGGUGCAGGGGUGGACUUACAUUCGACGAUCAUCACAAUGAGGUCGAUCCGCACGAGGCUGGAUAUCAGAGACUGGUCAAAGGUCGGGCUAGCGAACGUGGAUAUCAGGAAUCCAGCAAGUUUCACAAUCGACAUGUCAUGUUGUCUGAUAUGACAAGCCUUCCUUGGGCAACAAAUAUGUACACAAUUCCAUCACUAUGUUUGCGACAACGCUAUCAGUCCCUUGCCUCCCACCCCAUGUGCUCCAGCACUAUCCCAGUUGCUGGCUUAUGUAGCCGCCCACACCUUUCGCGCCUUUGAAAUCAAUUAUUUUAGCAGCCCGAGCUAUGCAUUCGGUAAAUGUCUGAUGGUCUGCUUAUGCCAUCUGUAUCCUCGCAGGCCCUGCUCGAGAGCCAAUCCUUUACCAGGUCUCCGCAAUGUAUUGGCCUGCCUCCUUUUUGCCUUCCCAGAAUUGCUUGGCGGUCUCGUAAUCGAGAUUGCCUUUGUCCAUAGCGACAUCAAUCAAUGCGUUCUCCACGCCUUCACCCAUGCCUUUACUAGAGCCACAAACGAAGAUGCGGCCGUCGAGAGCAUUGACGACGUACCAAACGAUGUCAGCCUGGUGCCGGACCUCAUCCUGGACAUACUUGGCGACCUUGUCCUUUUUCUUUGGAUCGGCGACCACAGGUGUCUCGCCAUCGGUGUGUACCUCUCCAACAACACCGCUGUCAUCUUCCGAAACAGGCGGCAAUGUCCUGGCGCGUGAUUGCACAACCUUCUUGAUAUCCUUCUCGUGAUCACCUAGCUCACCACGAUAGAUCUCGUCGAGCAUGCUGUCGCGAAUACCUUGGAUGAGCCAGAUCUUGUUGGCGCAGUUGGCGUUCUUGAGUCGAUUCAGGAUGAAGCCACGGAAUGGCGCCAUGCCAACACCAGCACCGAUGAGGACCAUGGGACCAUCAC